UUACACAUCCUCCCGUAACCCUCCUUUAAAAAGUCUUUGGUUUUAAUGAUCAUUUAUGAUAUAAUGACAGUUUUGUCUAAUACAUGAUGGACAUUCUUACCUGUAUUUUUAUGUCAGUAUUUAUGGUCGCUGAUGGGUUCACUAUGCGUGGUCCCUCUGGUCCUCUGGUUGCUCCUCUGGGAUCUUCAGUGGUUUUGCCCUGUUAUGUUGAUGAACUCUUACUAACGGAGGGUCUGGAGGUGGAAUGGAGAAGAACAGACUCAGAGACUCUGGUUCAUCUGUAUCAAGAUGGUGAGAGUCGAGCAGAGUCCCAGCAGCAGGAUUAUCAUGAUAGAGCGCAUUUCUUUACUGAUCAGAUUCAACAUGGAAACUUCUCCCUCCGUCUCGACAAUCUGAGAGCUGAAGAUGAGGGAGAAUAUACAUGUAGAGUUUACAGUCAGCUGGAAUCUGGAGAAAUUUUGGUUCAAAUAAAACAUGGCUUCACUGUGUACGGUCCCGCUGGUCCUCUGGUUGCUCCUCUGGGAUCUUCAGUAGUUUUGCCCUGUUAUGUUGAUGAACUUAUACCGACAGAGGGUCUGGAGGUGGAAUGGAGAAGAACAGACUCAGAGACUCUGGUUCAUCUGUAUCAAGAUGGUGAGAGUCGAGCAGAGUCCCAGCAGCAGGAUUAUCAUGAUAGAGCGCAUUUCUUUACUGAUCAGAUUCAACAUGGAAACUUCUCCCUCCGUCUGGACAAUCUGACAGCUGAAGAUGAGGGACGAUACACAUGUAGAGUUUACAGUCAGAAGGAUUCUGGAGAAACUGUGGUUCAAAUAAAACGUGAGCGUUUGAUAGUAUCAGUAUCGAUUCACUCCAUAUCUGCGUAUGUUGGUGAGGACGUCACUCUGAACUGCUCUGUAGACUCUCACAUCACACCUGAACACAUUGAAGAGGUUUCAUGGAAGAAAACAUAUGGAUGUAUUUUGGUUCUGCUCUACCAAAACAAUAAGACUUUACCAGAUUCAUCAGAUGAGCGAUACAGAGACAGAGUUGAGUUCUUCACUGAUGAAAUCCUCAAAGGAAACUUCUCUCUCAGACUGAAGAGUGUCAGAACUGAAGAUAAAGGAGUUUACAUGUGUCAAGUGUUUGCUGGAGGACUCUCAGCCAACGCAACUGUGGUACUGGAACAACUGGGUUUCUCUUCUUGGCACAUAGCUGUGUUGUUUUUCUGUAUUGUUGCUGGCCCAGGAGCUGUGCUUCUGCUCUUCUCUCUGAUCUACUGCAGGUCAAAUAACACUGUUUCCACCAGCAACAAAAUCUGGAAUCUUCAGCUUUCUCUGGUCUUUUGUCCCAACAUCUGUAUGUUCUUUGCCUUCAUGCUUUGGGGCUUUACUGAAGGAUCUCUGAAUGAGACCAUCACUUGCUGUGCUCUUUAUAUUCUGAGACUGGCUAUGUUGAUUUGGGCUAUGGAUUAUUUAAAGUAUCUUCAAGACAAUCUUAAAACAUGGAUGAAGUUUUUCACAGUAACCACAGAACAUGCUGUUUUUACACUCGUUGUUUAUUCAGUUAUUUAUGGCUGGAGGAUGAGAGCAUAUGAUGCUAGCAUUUUGCCUGGUGUAGUCUUUGGAUUAUGCCUUGCAUUUGCUGCACUGCCAUGUGCCAUCUUUAAUGUGGUUGACUUCGAGAGGAAUUGCAGUCAAAAGCACACAAGAGAGACUUCCCUUUUCGUCCAAAAUCACGUUAUUUAUGGCUGGAGGAUGAGAGCACAUGAUGCUAGCAUUUUGACUUGUGGAGACUCUGAAUUAUUACAUGCAACUGUUGUGCUGUUGUGUCCCAUCUUGAAUGUGGUUGACCUCACAUGGUAUAUCCUUCAAAUGUUGGAUAGAGAGGUUUCCUUUCACAUCCAAAAUAAAGGUAUUAUAAUGAAGUGGCUCAUUUUAUAUAGCAUUUCUAUCUUGUCUAUAGUACAACUGACCUGGCUGACCUUCUCAUUUGGACUUCCCUCUCUAGAAAUUCACAUUGUGGGAAUUGUUCAGUCACAGCUGCUUAUCUGUAUACCAUUUAUACCUUGUCUGCAAGCAAAAUUCAAAUCUCUGCACCAUAGAUGGAUAACAUUAUUGUGGAUAAUAACAAUAACACUCCUGGAUAUCAUCCUACUGAUUUAUGUUCUUCUAGCCAUAUUGGAAAGAGAGAAAGAGUACUUGGAAUGGACCUGUGUCAUUUUAUUUAUAGAAGUUCUGAGAAUAAUGGUGUUCUUUAAAGGAAAUGUGCAAGUGCUAGAAGAUUUAGUAGUCCAGAGACGAAUACAAAACACUGAGACGAGCCAACAAGGAGAAAAAGCAUUGUCUCGCUGUAAUGAAAUCAUGUACAUGUUUGGAGCAGUUGGUCUUAUUUUGCUGAGCUCUGUUACACUGACUGCAGAACUGAUCCUGAAAGCACGAAAUGGUGAGCGUGUCUUAAAGGAUCUGAGAGUCAUUGUCUUCUCUUCUGAAUGUGUUUUUGCCUUGUAUUGGCUGGUUUUACAAAUGCUUGCUUACUGGAAGAUUAUUACAACUGGAUUUACACACAAAGGAACUCAACUCAAAGAAGGCAUCUCAGAAAAUCAUGAAAUGAAUCUGUCCGCACCUAAUCCUGAUGUUUCACAGACACAGAUAUGAGAAACCAGCUCAUGUACAUUUAUCCUUUACUCUGACUGUUCUCUCUGCAAACGAGCAAAAGAGGAGUUCCUCUGGUGUAAAAACCAACAAACUAAGAUGCAUUGUAAAUCACAGGGAUUUGUGACAUACUGUUGCAUAAUUUCAAAAGUAAAUGUUGUUAUAAGUUUCUUCUAAUAACUCUUAUGAACAAAAAUCAACUAUUUUUUCAUAAACAGAUUGAGGUACAGCUCGUAUGUAAAUGUGGCGUGUUAUUAAAAAUGUGAGUUUAUUCAUCUUUGAGUAUUCAGUUAAAUAUGAGGGAGCUGAACAUGUUUUGUAAAUCUUUGAGUCUAUUGCAUGAGUGGAAAAAAUAAUAUGUGUGCGGCAUAGGGUGACCACCUGCUAAUAAGCCCAAGGGGGGACAAGGGGUAUGUUUCUGAGGGACAAUGUGGGACACUGCCUGGCGCGGCGGUGCCCCCACCCACGGGCAGACUCACUGAUAGUGGUUUACCCAUUUCUAGCGCAUACCACCUUACAUGGUAUAUUAAUAAUGCCCUAUUCCCCUAAACAUGUGUAAUUGCUGAUGUAUGCUCAUGAAUAGGCCAACCAAUGUGUAUUUUUUUCUAAAUAAAGAUUCAUAAUAUUUUGAACAUUCAAUGAAUUGACAGAUGCAUCAUGCACUUCCACUUACGAUUUACUUUAGCUAUUUAAUUUUAUUUAUUUUUCAUUACAAUUUAUUCACUUUAAAUAAAUUAUAAUAUAAAAUUAUAGGAUUAACAGGAAUUGUAGUUGCUCAACACCACAGGAACAGUUAAAAAAAAAAAUGUCUUAACUCACAACUCCAGAGGUUCACGGAAAAGCAUCCAUAGAUUUGGAUGUCUCUUUCUGUUGGACACGUUGGACAUCAUAUUCCCCUCCAUGUCCGAUUGAGAAGGACGUUUUGCAAAGGUCACAAAAAGCCCUCUCGGUAUCCCCCUCAACACCUUUCAGCCACAAAUAUUCAUUUUCCCAGUCUUUCUUGUACCCACACCUUCUCUUUUUAAUUGAUGAUGGCGGUGCCUCAGACUCAGUCUCUUUCUCCAUUUUUCGAAUUGGAAAGCGCGCAUCUAAAAGUUCCUUCCCAGUGUGUCUGGUAUGCACGUGCGUGCGCUGUCAUGACAACAACGAAAAAGUUGACAACGACCUAGUCAGCAGUUCAACUGAGGGGUGGUGGGUGUGGCAACAGUAGCGUGCUGAACUGUCAAGUAAUGUUCGUUUGGAUAUAGAGUGACCAACUUUUUUUCUUUGAGCAAGCAUUGAUUAUGCGUGACACGGUCUCAAUUUGCGGGACGCAUGAAUUAGGCUUCAAACGCUGUGCGCGCACGCGCUACGCGGGACGGGUGGUCACCCUAGUGCGGCAGCAAUGCGUCACCGUAUGGCGUUCGGCCGGGUCCAUUAAUAUUACGCUGUUACUUGCACUCGUCUCACUGAACGUGACGUCUGCGUCUGUCGAACGUGACGUCUGCGUGACGUUUACGUCUGCCACAUCAAAGUUAUUCUGCCUGAAAGUGAUGUCUGCGUCUGCUGCAAGGGUUUCCAGCACUUUCCAUACACUUAUUCAUGCUUUAUUAUUCAUAUUCAUUCUCUUUUAUUGUUUUACUCCUCCUCAAUUUUGUAUAGUUAGCUAUUAAGUGCUAUUUACCUUUCUUAUGUAUGCUAUAGCUUAUUCCAAAUUGUAAAUACUGAUUUGUACAAAUGAUAUAAAAUUUUCUGUAUGCCAUUGUACAAAAAGACAUCAAAUAAAAAUACAUUAAAAUAAUAAAUAUUUUGGA